GCCUGUAGGGGACUGGGGAGAUGGGGAGAGGUAACUCCUUAACUCCUUGGCUCAGUGAUGUUCUUCUGUAGGCGUUUACUGCUAACUUCAAACACCUCUUCGGAAAACCAGGGACUAAAAAUUGCCCAUGGGAUGUGUGUGAAUUUGAAACUGUACUUACUAUGCAAGCUGUUGGUAGAAGUGCUGUGAGAGGCUGCUGUUUCCUGUUUUGUCAGGCUUUAAAAAACAAGUGAAUCCCUCUAUUUACAGGGCCAGAAUUUAGUGACUCAGCUGUGUUUAUGAAACUUCUUGGAUUUUGCCCAUACUUGUGUUGGCAUUGUAAUCCUCCUACCGAGUAUCGGUGGGAGCAAGAAAGUUCAAAUUCGUUUGCAUACUGGUCGUUCAGCUAGAAAACACAUACCCCAGUUGUUUCAUUUUUAACCUUAUCCCAGUCAACCUUUCCUAUUUCUGCAAAUGAUAAAGUAAUGAUCACUUAUAUAAGUGGUAAAGUUUGAGGCCUUUUUCCCCGACUGAGAAGUGUUUAGUGUCCUUUUAGAACAUAAAGUCGUAAUGGGAAAGGAAAAAGCACCAAAUUCAAGGAAAGUCUUGUGCUCUCUUCAUGUUCUGUUUAGAGUGUGCAGCUUCUCUGAGCUAGUUCACAGCUCAAAAGGCUGUGGAAAACAAUGUUAGCGUCAGAGAUUUAAGCUAUUGUCUUACUAGUUUAGUGCAGUGACUCCCAAGGGACCUAGGGAUCUCAAAAGGAAGCUACAGAAAACAAACUCAUCUAUUCUAUUGAUUUGUGUAAGAAAAACAAAUCCUUAUUUUUCUAUGCCCUGAUUGGAAAUUUCUUUUCUUUUUAGGGAUUGCUUUGUGAAAGCAAAAAAGGCACUAAAAUCUCUUACUUCAUUUCAUACUGCCAUAGAAACCUUUCAGGACCAAGUAACAGUUUGUGAAUAGAAGUCUUUCAUUUUCUUGGUCUUGAAUGUCUUUUUGCUCCAGGGUACAUUUCAUAUCAUUCUAGUCUUCUUUUACAACACUUUUACAGAUACGGUAAUAAUUAUGAUCUGUGUUUACAUAAUACAAUUCAUAAUAAUCGUAAAACACUUAUGCUACCAGAAAUCAAAGAAAUUAAAGAAUAGAGAAGGAACUCCUGAGAGCAUUUGGUUUAAAAUGUGACUGCAGAUAAGAAGAUAGUAACAAAAUGUCAGCGUGCUAUAUUUGAAGACAGCUUUGUUGGUGCGUGAUCCUGUUUACAGCUUCUUCUCACUAAGAAAGAUCUGUUUCCACACCGCUGGUUUUCCUUCUCUAAGGAUAAAGUUAUGGCUGAAAAGGAUGAUAGUGACUUAGAUAAAACAACUAGUAUUCAGCAAGCAGUAGCUUCUUGCUUUGGAGCUAUAAUUACAUCAUUUUUUGUAGCCCCUCUUGAUGUUGUCAAAAUUCGACUACAAGCCCAAAGCAAUCCAUUCUCCAAAGGAAAGUGUUUUGUAUACUCCAAUGGCCUCAUGGAUCAUAUAUGUGUUUGUGAGAAUGGGGGCAGCAAAGCCUGGUAUAAAAAACCUGGGCAUUUCAAAGGGACAUUGGAUGCAUUUGUGAAAAUCAUUCAAACAGAAGGAAUUAAAUCACUGUGGAGUGGACUUGGCCCGACACUAAUAAUGGCACUUCCUACCACAGUAAUUUAUUUUACAUGCUAUGACCAACUGAGUGAAGCUCUGAAAUCUAAACUAGGAAAAGAUGAUGACUACAUUCCAGUUCUUGCAGGCUCCUUAAGUAGACUUGGUUCAGUUACGGUAGUGAGUCCCCUGGAGCUGAUCAGAACUAGAAUGCAGUCUCGCCAGUUGUCCUACAAGCAACUGUACACGUGCAUCAAUAAUGAAGUGGCUAAAGAUGGAUGGCUUUCACUGUGGAGAGGCUGGAGUUCUACUGUUCUUAGAGAUGUACCUUUCUCAGCAAUAUAUUGGUAUAAUUAUGAACGUUUCAAGAAGAUGAUGUGCAAGAAAGUUGGUACAGAUGAAUCAGCAUUUUUUGUUGCUUUUACCUCAGGAGCAGUAUCUGGCUCUAUUGCAGCUGUCAUAACGCUACCAUUUGAUGUAGUGAAAACACAUAGGCAGACUGAACUUUGGGAGAGUGAGACCUUAAAAAUUCCACAGAGGAACUGUACGUCAACAUGGGCAGUUAUGAAGAAAAUUGUCGCUAACAAUGGAAUUGCUGGAUUAUUUGCUGGUAUUGGUCCACGGUUGAUUAAAGUUGCUCCUGCUUGUGCCAUAAUGAUCAGCACCUAUGAACAUGGAAAGUCUUUCUUUCGUCAUUUAAAUGAAAAAAAGAACCAGCGCCCUUAAUUCUUCUUCACCUGGUUGUAUGCAGUCAAAAUAUAUAAUGAAAGUUGUGCCAAAUUUAUCUCUGUCUAGGCGUAUGCCAGAAUUCCCAGUGAACUGCAGCCAUUACAUUUGGUAACUAAAUACGUCUUCAUUUUCUUAAGUAAGUAUUUAUUUCAUAAAGUAUAAAUUCAAGGCUCUUGGGUUAAGAUUAAGAAAACGCACAUAACCCUGAAACCAUCGUUCAAAAUUUUGUGGCUUCUGUGGCUAGAAAGAAAAAAAAAAGGGGAGUGGAGAGGAUGCUCUAAUUGUUCUUCAGUGGUGGUUAAAAGGAAACUGAACUGGACAGAGCAAUGAAGAGUAACCACUGCCACUGCUCCUGGGAGAGGAUGUGCACCCAUUAAAUGGAAAUGAGACUGGUGCAGAGUAAGAGUAUUUCUGUGUUGUAGUUCAGUCUUAUACUGACCAACUUGCUUCAGAUAUAGGUAAAUCUAAGAUAUUUUGUGGACUUCUGUUCAAAAAAAAUGUCAGCAUGGAUAAGGACAAGUCUUCCAUGAAUGCUUAAUCAUGCACCUAGAUACAUAUGUCCUAUCAAACAGUCCUUGCAGCUGUGCUAUUAUUAAAAAUAAUAUAGUGUAUCCCUGGACAUUGAGGGUAGAAAUAAAUAGCAUAGUAUUAAAUAGGCAUCAAGUACCCUAAAAAUGACCCUUGAUAUUUCCAGAAAACUUACAAGAGAAGGCUUUAGAAAUGCAGCUGCUACAUGUACAAUUGCAUGCAGCUCAGUUUAAGCAUGCAGCACACGUUAAAGCCAAAACAGUAAGAAAGAGGCGCAUAAAAAGCUUUCAUAAUUAUAUUUUGUAGCACCUGAGGCUCAUACUUCAGUUCAUUUUGAAAAAUAUUCCUCACAAAUGAGGUUGUCAGUUCAAAAUGGAUGAAAUGGUAGGGGACCUGUCAUAUAGAUGGAAGUAGAAUGGUAAUUCUAAAUUUACCUGUCUCUCCAGAUUUUUCUCGCCAUGAGAAUACUGUCUAUUCUCACAGUUACACUGAAAGCUUUUAAUUGUUGCUUUUUCAUGCAUUCACAUAAACUGAAUAUAUUAUCUGUCUUCCUUCUGGACUCCACUAAAUUGAAGCGUCUCAAAAAAGCUACAGAAGUUUGGGGUUUGGGGUGUUUUAGGGAAGACAAUUUUGUAUCCUUCAGUUACCUUCUGUCAAAUUCAGGAUUAAUUCUGCAGUAUUUAAGAAUUACUAGCAUUUCUCAAGUUAAAAAGAAGUAUAUAUGAAUGGGCAUAAUCUGCGUUUUCAUUGGGAGAUCCAUAAAGAAUAUUCUUUCAUAUUUAUGAAAAGGAGAAUGCUUUUUUUCCUUCAAGUACUAUAUGCAAAUUUUUCAAAAUAGAAAUAAUGUGUUAAUUUUCAGUCCGACUGAAGAUUUUUGUUGGAUAUUUAAAUGAAUGUUUAGAAAAUAUUUUAGGUUUCCCCUG